AUGCCAUUAGGCCUUCAUGUACUUCAUUCGCACAACAUUAGCCAUCGUGCGGCAGAUUUGGAUCAGAAUGCUGGUGUUGAUAUCGUCGCGGUCCAUGGCUUGGGGAAAAACUCGUUAGAGACAUGGACACAUCAUGAAACGGGUACUUUGUGGCUGAGAGACCUUCUGCCACGGAGUAUCCAUAACGCACGAGUUCUCACAUUUGAUUAUGACGCAAGCCCUUCCCUUUAUACUGGAAAAGACUCCAUGGACAGAGUUCAGAGUCAAGCAACUACCCUAGUGGCAGACUUGGAGGCAUCAUCGUGA